GGCAGACCAAGUUUAGACAGCGCGGGCUUGCUCGGGUUACCUUUACCCUGGAAAGCCAGCAGCAGCAUGUGAUUAUGUACAUGUGCAGAACUUCUUCAACUUCUGCCUCUGACCUCUGAGUGAGCGUACUGUAAUUAGACGAGGAAGUCGACUAGGCGAUGAUGGAGUCACUGCCUCUGUAGUGACAUUAGAGAGAGAGAGCCCCGAUAUCCUGGCUGACACGGCGCAUUUUAAAGGCAGGUCAUCCAAUAAGAUGAGGAAGGGGCAGGUCCGAGUUUGACCUUCGGAUUUGCAUUGCCUGCUGCAGUAACGCAUAAACUCGGCCACUUUGAUGCUGAUAGGUGUCAGUUAAUGCUUCCUGUCACUCUGGUCAGCCUGUUCAGGAAUCCACAACCCCAAUUCGCUCUUGACUCAGAUCCAUUAUCAGAGAAAGAUGCAGGCCCAGGAGCUGUUGAAGCAGCUGCGUGUGCCUGAGCUGGCCGAGGUGAGGGAUUACAUCCGCAGCCUGUCCACCGGCACACUGGUGGGCAUGGGGGCCUUCGCAGCACUCACUACCUACUGGUACACCACUCGACCUAAAGCUCUCAAACCACCUUGUGAUCUGCACAUGCAGUCCGUUGAGGUCCCGGGAGGAGAGUUUGCUCGUAGGUCAGUGGUAGUAGACGCUGACAAGCUCCUGUCUUUUUACUAUGAUGAUGCUACGACAAUGUACGAGAUCUUUACAAGGGGCUUACGCGUGUCAAAUAAUGGACCUUGCUUAGGCUCCAGAAAGCCAAAGCAGCCGUAUGAGUGGCUCUCCUAUUCGGAGGUUGCAGAGAGAGCUGAGAACCUGGGCUCAGCACUGAUGCACAAAGGUCACUCCAAAACCCAGGACCAGUACAUCGGCAUUUUUGCUCAGAACAGACCUGAGUGGACCAUCUCAGAGCUAGCAUGCUACACAUACUCUCUGGUAUCAGUGCCUCUGUAUGACACACUUGGGACUGAGGCCAUCGAUUACAUCAUUGAAAAGACCGGCAUCUCCACAGUGGUGUGUGACGUUCUGGCGAAGGCUCGUCUACUCCUCGACUGCGUGGCUGGCAAACAACACUCCCUGAAAACCCUGAUCGUGAUGGAGGAGUUUGAUUCGGAGCUGGUGGCUCAAGCACAGAAAUGUGGUGUGGACGUAAUGAGCCUGAAAGAUGCAGAGGCUCUUGGAAAAGCUCAUCGGCAGCAGCCUGCACCCCCUAAGCCUGAUGACGUUGCUAUUAUUUGCUUUACUAGUGGAACCACAGGAAGCCCAAAAGGGGCAAUUCUUACCCACAGAAACAUUGUGUCCAAUGUUUCUGGCUUUAUCAAGAUAACAGAGACCAGCUGUCCUUUAAGUCCCAGCGACUCGCACAUUUCUUACCUGCCCCUUGCACACAUGUUUGAACGAGUCGUGCAGGGUGUGAUGCUAAUUCACGGGGCUCGCAUUGGCUUUUUCAAGGGAGAUAUCCGCUGCCUCAUGGAUGACCUUUUGGCUUUGCGGCCUACUGUCUUUCCGGUUGUGCCACGUUUGCUCAACCGAAUGUUCGAUAAGAUCUUUGGGCAGGCUAACACUCCUCUAAAGAGGGGGAUUUUGGGAUUCGCUUUCCGAAGAAAAGAGGCUGAGCUGAUGAGUGGCAUUAUGAGAAGAAACAGUCUGUGGGACAAAGUUAUCUUUAAGAAAGUCCAGGCCAGUGUUGGAGGCAAAGUCCGCUUGAUGCUGACUGGUGCUGCUCCUGUGUCAGCUCCUGUGCUCACUUUCCUCCGUGCAGCUAUGGGAUGCCAGUUUUAUGAAGGCUAUGGCCAGACCGAGUGCACAGCCGGCUGCACGGUGACGUUAUCCGGAGACUGGUCAGCAGGUCAUGUCGGACCUCCCCUGCCUUGUAACAUUAUGAAGUUGGUGGAUGUUGCUGAGAUGAAUUAUCUGGCUAUGAAUGGAGAAGGAGAGGUGUGCGUGAAGGGGCCCAAUGUGUUUAAGGGAUAUCUGAAAGACCCAGAAAAGACAGAGGAGGCCAUCGACCAGGAUGGUUGGCUCCACACGGGAGAUAUCGGCAGGUGGCUGCCGAAUGGCACUCUGAAGAUUGUGGACCGUAAAAAGCACAUCUUUAAGCUGGCACAAGGAGAGUACAUUGCCCCAGAGAAGAUCGAGAAUAUUUACAUCCGGAGUGAAGCUGUGGUUCAGGCUUUUGUGCAUGGAGACAGUUUACAGGCCUGCCUCGUAGCCAUCAUUGUGCCUGAUCCGGACUUCCUGCCUGGCUGGGCCAAAAAAAGAGGAUUUCACGGCUCAUAUGAGGAACUCUGCAGCAGCAAGGAAGUGAAAAAUGCCAUAUUGGAGGACAUUGUUAAACUUGGCAAAGAAAGUGGUCUGAAGUCUUUCGAACAGGUGAAGGAUAUUGCUCUACACACAGAGAUGUUCUCGAUCCAGAAUGGCCUCCUGACACCAACACUUAAAGCCAAGCGUGCUGACCUCAGGAACCAUUUCAGGCAGCAGAUCGACCAGCUCUACUCCAACAUCCACAUGUGAAGGCGAUUCCAGAACUGAGUUGAUAGAAUGCAGACACAUAACGCUAACUGUUUUUCUGUCCCAAUUGUUAUUCUUCUAGUUCUCUCGAAUGGAACUGUGCCUUACCACACAAUAUAUCCACUGGCUUUCAUAUAUAUGCAUCAGAAUCAAGAGAACACAUUGUCACACUUUUAACCCUUCGGGGCUUUAAACCUCAGGUCUGAAAUCUCAGAUGCCCUCAGAAUGCUGCAUUAGAUCCAAAAACAGAAAGCUUUUAAUACUUGAUGCCAAUUUAGCCAAGAGACCUGAGCAUGGUGCUUUUGGGUGGGGGAAAAAAAGCUUUACAUUUUUUUUUUUGCCAAAGAUGCUGCUUGAGUAGUCGACUGUGCCAGGAUAAAGACUGGCCCUGAUUUUAAAGCUAUCUGCUCAGCUGAGACAGAUAACAGAACCUCACCAUUACAGGAUAAACACUGAUGCAAAAGCGUAUCGAAUGGAACAAUAUGAUUAAACGAUAUCAGUCACUUCCUUUUUUUUGUAUGUAGCACAAGUAAAAUGUGAGAGAUGCUCUCACAGAACCAUUUCGUAGCUACACAUUACCUUGACCCGAGGUCCAUAAAUUUAAAUUGAGAAAAAACGUACACACUCGUCUUUGCCUGUGUGACUUAACAUACAUUUUUAUUACUUUAUGAUCUGAUUGUUGUGAAAAGAAGACAUUUACAUAAAGGAAUACACGUGUAUUUUAUUUUAUUUUUAUUAUUUUUUAUUUUUUUAAGCACAAUCUGAACCUACUGUGCCUGAAGCAUAUGAGAUUAUCACGGACAAGAAGUUUCCAACAGUUCCCACUGCAGCUUAGAAUAUAGCAGAAAAUCUUAUUCUUUACUAUAGAAUGGAAGCCAAAGGGCAGUCAAAUUCCAAUCCAUAAAUCGAUCAAAUGUAUAACAAAAUUUACUCAGAAUUAAAGUAGUUUUUCUGCAAGAACAAAUGUUCUGGAUAUGGAGCCUAAUUUAGAGACGUCUUGAUUUCACUCAAAUUCAUGAAACAUUCUACUACACAUUGUACUGAGUGAUCGCAACAACUGCCCUUAUUUUUGUACGUUUCUAAGUGAACUUUAAAUUGAAAUUCUUUGCUGUUUUAGGUUGGGAUUAGUUUGGAAGCACCUUGAGUAUUUCAAUAAUUCAAGCUGAAAAAGACUGUAAAGGACGAUGCAUACUCUGCAUACUCGACUUGCAUAGUGUCGCAUUCUGUCUCUCAGGCCUGUCAGGAAGGCGAUGAAGCCAUUAAGCUUUGUGCUAUAUAAUUGCACUCCUUACCAACAAAGCCAUGUGAUCAUAUAAUGUUUAUAGAAACUGUGUGCUGAACAGUUGUAUGUUCUGUGCUGCUUGAUUUCAAAAAGGAUCCUUAGCAUGCAUUCCCUAGGCCAUAGCAAAACAUCCCUAAUAUGUUGCCAUCUCAAGAGCGCAGCUCAAUAUUGACUAUUUAUGUUUUUUUGUGUUAAUAAUAUUAGUGUUUAUUGAUUUCAUUUUUUUGGAGUUUUAUAUGUGCUUGAUUAAGAAAUUAAUCACAAUGUUUCUGGGUUCACAGUAGUUUUAAACUUGCCUGGUUUGGUUUGAGUUAUUGGAAUGUUUUUAGCACUAAACUUAUUUGUCCUGACCUGGUUUUCUUGUACAGUUAUGCUUUUCAACAGCUUUAUCUGUAAAUCAUUGCAAAUCUUUUUGUUCUCAUGUUUCUGGACUAUGAAAGGUUUAGUUUAAAGCCUUGAGCAACAAGGUGUCCACUGCAUGUUUUGAUGUACGUGUGUGGGAUUACAUUUCACAAAAUCCUAAUAUUCAUAUGCACAUGAAUAUUGCUUUGUCAUGUAUAUUAAUGCAAGCUAUUGAUGUGUAUGAGUUGUGUGAAAGAUGGAUAUUGUUGUAACAAAAUGUGAACAUCUGAAGUUAAAUGUCACUGACUGACAGCUAAAUUAAACAAAGCUAAAAAGAA